CGUUUCAGGGACGGAAUUCGCGGAUAUGUGGCUCCAUUGGGUUGUGGUGCUCUAUUUCUUGGCCAUCCCAGCACAUACGUGGGCGGCAUUCAAGAACUGCGGACCGGAGAAGCAAUGUGUGCCCUACGAGCAGUGCAACGAGGGCCUAGUGGUCGAAGGAAAGUUCUAUCCGGAUCGCAGUCGAACGACUUUGGACGAGAGCUGUCACUAUAUGGAAAAGUGCUGCAAUAUACACGAUACACUGUCGACACCGGGACUUCUGGCGGAGGCCACCAACUGGCCAUGUGGGGGUCGUCAUGACCUCUGGUAUUACCUGCGACCCUUGGGCUACAAGCAGCAGGAGGCCAAGUUCGGCGAGUUUCCCUGGCUGGUGGCGGUCUACGGGGCGAAGGGAUACCUCUGCAGUGGAGCACUCAUCUCACCGAUGGCGGUGGUCACCACGGCUCAUUGUGUCCAGGGUCUUGAGCCCGAGAAGCUUCGCCUGGUGGCCGGCGAAUGGGAUGCCGCCGUGGAGCUGGAACCGCAGCCGCAUCAAGAGCGUCCGGUGGUGGAGUCUGUGUUGCAUCCGAAUUUCACGCAAAUGCCACUGGCCCACAACAUGGCCAUUAUCCUGGUGGCCAAGGACACGCCCUUCCAGCUGGCUCCCAAUGUGCAGCCCAUCUGCCUGCCUCCACCGCAAAUGGCUUACAACUACAGCCAGUGCUAUGUGUCCGGCUGGCAGAGAGGCGACUUUGGGGCAUCCGCCAUCCUGCCCAAGCGGUGGACGCUCUACGUCCUGCCACCGGAUCAGUGCCGGGCCAAGUUGCGGCUGUCCUUCUUGGGACGGCGACACGCCCACAACGACACCGUACUGUGCGCGGGCGGGGACAAGGGCGACUUCGUCUGCGGCGAUGUGGACAUGGCCGGAGUGCCCCUGAUGUGUCCGCUCUCCGGCCACGACGACCGCUUCCUCCUGGCCGGCCUCCUGACCCGGACAACCCGCUGCGACGGCCCCCAACUGCUGGGCAUUUACACGAACGUCAAGAUCUACCGGCAGUGGAUCGAUCUGAAGCUCAGGGAACGCGAUCUCGACAUACGACAGUACAUGGUCGAACAUUUGUUCUCGAACUGCUUUUAAGCUUAAAUGGAAUUC